AUGAAGUUUGAAGAUGAACUCGUCGAAGAUGUCACCUAUGAAGAUGUAUCCUAUUUGAACUCAACACAGAUUAGUGAACAAGUCGAUGAAUCUGGUACAGGUGAAGUGGAUAUUGAAAUUAUAAAAAGUUCAACACAAGAUAAUUUAUGUGAUAUACCAAGUCUUUCAAACAGUAUUUCUAUUCCAAGACGUGACACAGUUCCAAAAAUAAAUUCAUCUACGCAGAAAACAAUUUGUAAAAAGAAAAAAAAAUCUUUAGAUCCAAAUAAUAAUCGACUUAAUUCUACUCGUCUCGUAUGGUGCUAUCAGAAGAAUAAUAAAUGGUGGACAAGAAUUGUACCUGAUAUGACAAAUAAACAAUUUAAAAAUAACUUUCGUGUUGAACGUACCACUUUCAUCAAGCUGGUAAAGUUAAUCGGACCUUACAUCGAAAAGAAGAACACACAUCUUCGUAGUGCUGUAGUGGUACAUAAACGUAUUGCUUGUGCUUUAUAUACUUUAGGUUCUUCAAGUGAGUUUAGAACCAUCGCGCAUUUAUUUGGAAUUGGAAAAACAACUGCUACACUUAUAUUACAUGAAUUUUGCGAUGUGUUAGUGAACCUGUUUUUUAAUUGUAUUAUUAAAUUUCCAACUACAAAUAGUGAAAUUCAAGAAACCAUGAAUGAAUUUUUUACACAGCAUGGAUAUCCUAUGUGUGUUGGGGCUGUCGAUGGCACACACAUAGGAAUUAAGCCGCCAGGUGGAGCUGAGAGCGACUAUUACAAUUAUAAAAAAUAUCAUUCGAUUCUAAUGCUAGCUGUUGUCAACAGCAAUUUAAAAUUUACAUAUGUUAACAUCGGUGCUCCAGGUAGAUGCAACGAUGCAUCAGUUUAUAAUCGAUCAAGCUUAGCUCAAAUGUUGAGACCACAAUAUAUUAAACUUGUUGUAUCAUCAAACAAAAACAUCCAACUUGCUGCUCCAUCGCAACAAGCAUCACAAAUCAGAGCUUCACAAUUGAAGUCAUAUUGCCAAGGUUCUUUCUCUCAUGCUUCAAAUCAAUUUUUACAUGUAUCAUCUACUCCCUUAACGAAUCGUGUUGUUACUUCUUCAACACCUACUACAAGUGGUUUAUCUAAUCAAGCAAUAUCACCUAUUUUAGAUUUUCAAGGGUCUUCAAAGGAGUCAUCGUUGUGCGACGACUCAUCGACUACGAAGUCAAAUGCUUUCGAUAUUGUUCCCGAAGACGACAAUCGUAAGAUUUUUGUUUUUUUAUUAACAGAAGAAAUUGUUUUAUAUUGUUUUCUCUAA